AUGAAUCCCGCCGAGCACGAUGAGGCCGUCUCGCAGUUCUGCGCCAUGACCAGGGCGCGCCCCGACGAGGCACAAGAAUAUCUGGCAACUAACGGCUGGGAUCUCGAAGCUGCAGUUACAGAGUUCUUCGCAGAACAAGACGAGACCGCGGGGUCGAAUGCGCCAGCAGGCCAGCCUUCCGCCCAGUCCUCAUCGUCUACUCCCAGAGAAUCCUCAUCGACCCGGAAACAGCCCCAGAAGAAGUUCGCAACAUUGGGCGACCUUACAUCAGGAGCUGCCGAUAGCUCUGAUGAUGAGGACGACGAGAACCAGGAUUUCUUUGCUGGGGGUGAAAAGUCCGGGCUAGCCGUACAGAACCCAGAUGACCUCAAGAAGAAAAUCAUAGAGAAAGCCAGAAAGACUCAGCUCCCGGCAUCUGAUGACAAUGAACCGAGACGAAACUACUUCACUGGCUCCGCCCGAACAUUAGGUGGUGAGGACACACCAAGCAGAGUUAUUGACGCUCCGAGCGCGCCCGUUGAGUCGCAGAUUCCUCGCCGCGUGCGACGCACUCUGCACUUCUGGGCGGACGGAUUCUCCGUGGACGAUGGUGACCUGUACCGAUCCGACGACCCUCAGAACGCCGAGAUCCUGAACAGCAUCCGACAGGGCCGCGCCCCGCUCUCGAUCAUGAACGCACAGCAUGGACAGGAUGUGGAUGUCGAGAUCAAGCAACAUGACGAAAAGUAUGUUAGGCCAAAGCCUAAGUACAAGCCUUUUGCCGGCAAAGGACAGCGACUGGGAAGCCCAACACCCGGUGUUAGGGAACCUACCACCUCUGAACCGGCAACUGCGCCUCAAUCCAGCUCCGAACCUCCCAAGACGAAUGUGGAUGAAUCCCAGCCUGCUGUUACUCUACAGAUCCGUCUCGGUGAUGGAACCCGUCUUACCUCUCGGUUCAACACUACUCAUACGAUCGGCGAUGUUUAUGAUUUUGUAUCCGCUGCUAGCCCUCAAAGUCAAGCUCGCCCGUGGAUACUGUUAACUACUUUCCCCAGCAAAGAGCUGAGCGAUAAGGCAGCAGUACUUGGCGACCUGGCCGAGUUUAAGCGUGGUGGAGUGGUUGUACAGAAAUGGCAAUAA